CGGGUCUUUUGGAGCACAACUUUUUUCUUUUUGACGUCCCUGACCUCUGUGUUGUGCAUGUGAUCCAGUAAAGCUGGCCGUGACGGGGAGGUGAGUUUGUGGGAGUAAUUAAGGCGGCGGAAUGUCUCCCCUUUCUCAGCCUCCCUCUUUCCCUGCUCUGCUGCGCACCGCGGGUUCGCUUCUGAAGGCGCAGAGAGGCGCUCCUGUUUGAGUCAACUCCACCUCCUUCAACCAAACUCUGACAAGGUUGACUUUAAAGCCAGACGUUUGAGCUCAAAGAGCAGCAAAAAGAACGUUCGAGUUAAAGAAGGAAGUUUUACGCGUCGUGUUAAAAUAGUGAAACCACUUGUGGAAGAAGUAAUCAGCACUCUGGAAGGUUUCAUGCUUUUCCGGCUGCAAUAACCCCAGUGGCAUGGAUGCAAUCAACACCAAUGUCAGCGCUCUCAACUCGUCAGGAAAGCAAUUGGAAACCUUAAACUACAGCUGCCGCUUUGAUGAGGAGUUCAAGUACAUCUUGCUUCCUGUGUCCUACAGCCUGGUGUUCGUGGUGGGCUUUCUUCUCAAUGCGACCGCUUUGUGGAUGUUCCUCAAGAUGCGUCCGUGGAACCCGAGCAUGGUCUUCAUGUUCCACCUGUCCCUGUCAGACUUUUUGUACGUCCUUUCCCUGCCUACUCUGAUCUACUACUACGCCCACCGCAACCACUGGCCGUUUGGCGUGGCUGUCUGCAAGAUUGUCCGCUUCCUUUUUUAUGCCAACCUGUACUGCAGCAUCCUCUUGCUCACCUGCAUCAGCGUGCAUCGUUACCUCGGCAUCUGCCACCCCAUCAAGGCCCUGACUUUGGUGAAGUCUCGCCAUGCCCACAUAGUGUGCGCGUCAGUGUGGGCGGUGGUGACCGUGAGCCUCAUCCCCAACAUCAUCUUUGUCACCAUCUCCAAGAGGGACAAUGACACUUUGUGCCAUGACACAACAAGUCAGGGGGCCUUUGAGGAGUACGUGGACUACAGCUCUGUCGUCAUGGUCCUGCUGUUUGGCGUCCCGUUCCUGGUCAUCAUGGUGUGCUACUGCCUGAUGGCGCGGACUCUGUGCCGCCCCAGACGAGGGUUAUCUGCCAGUCAGCAGGGCAAUAGCUCACGGCAGAAGUCUAUCAAGCUCAUCAUUGUGGUCCUGGUGGUGUUUGCCGUGAGCUUCGUCCCCUUCCACAUCACGCGGACUAUCUACUACACCGCCCGCGUGCUGGACCUCAACUGCGAAUUCCUUAACAUAGUCAACUUUGCCUACAAGAUCACUCGACCGCUGGCGAGCAUGAACAGCUGCAUCGAUCCCAUCCUGUAUUUCUUAGCCGGGGAUCACUACCGCUCCAAAUUCAAGUUUGCCCUGACGCAAAGGCGACAGGUGACGAAUAGUCAAAAUCCCGAGCCGCAGCCACAGCCCAGCAACAACAGCAAUAUGAGUUUGAUUUAUAAGAACUCAGACCUUAAAACCAGCUCUGAGGUAGAGAAAUAGAGCUGUAUCUGGACAGCAGGGUUCUGUGUGCUGUUUCUCAACAGGCUUGAGGUUUCUGUUUUUAGGUCAUGUGAGACAUGAGGUUUUAGAGGUUUUCUUUUACAAAAGACUUUGUUCCUUUUUUACGUGACUGGUGUCCCAACGCAGACACCAGUCACAUGUAAGAAAACAUUCAUUCAUUCAUUCAUUCAUUUUCUUCUGUUUGUCCCUUUCGGGGUCACGGGGCUGCCGGAGCCUAUCCCGGCCACUGAUGUGUGAAGGCAGGGGAGACCCUGGACAGGUCGCCAGUCUGUCGCAGUAAGAAACAUGUCUAUUAAAAAGAAAGUGAAGUUUAAGUCUUUUAGAGAAGAGACCAUAUUGUUACCGGUGGUGGAAACAGAUUUUAAUUAAAAAAACAGAUACUGCGUGUGACUACUGUCACAGAUCUCCAGCUGUGGACAUGUGGCAGAGCGUGGCCCAAGUGCUUUCUCAGAGAGCAGACAGCAGUGAGGCAAUCCUUCCUGUUUUAUCAGCAGUGUUUUCGUGUUACCCAGAAACUGCAGCUCCAAAUCCCAGCCCAGCUGUUUUUGUUCCUCAUCCUUCACAGCCAUUUCUUUCCAACCAUGAAGUAAAGCUGCAGGACGACUGUGUAGCUUCUCCGCUUUCAAAGCGGCAGCAGGAGAGUGGGUUGUCCUUUUCCCCUCAUCUCCUGUGGGAGCGAUCCAUGUUUACCUCCAUAGGAACAGGCGUUGGCCUCAGAAAGGUUUAGUCAGGUUUCAUUGAAUUUUAUUUCCAACUUAAAGUGUGUCUCUAUGCUGAUGAACUCCAAUUACAAACCAUUCCAGUUUCAAUUUGAUCACAACAGGUCUGAUGAAGUUUGAAUGUUUUUUGCUGCAGAGCAACCCAUAAAAAAACUGUUGUUUUAGUCAAACAAAAAAAGUCAUUCAGCUACUGAAAGAGACAAAACACCGGUCAUGUUUGGAACUUCAAAAAGAUAGUCUAAACCUAUGAUAGCACUCUUUAUAGAGUUCAUGCAUGCAGCUUGAAACAAAGGUUUAGACAUUUGGAGCAAAGAAUAUCUUUUGAAUAAAAACAAUUUUUUUGAAGAGAAGACCUCGUUUUAGAAUACCCCUUUAGUCUAAAAAACUCCCCACAUAAGUUCACUCCAACCCAAAACAUGUCUGUGCUGCAGCCAAAACAUUACCGUCUCUGGUUAAGUAUUUCCUUCACUGACAUCUGGGAGCUUGCGUUGCAGUUUUUGACAUCUUUUGAUGUGUUUUCCAAAUUUCUUGUUUAAAUUUUGACAGAUAUUUUAGACUGUUGAUCCAAAAACAAGUGAGGGACAUCUUUCUGCCGUUCUGUUAAAGGCAGGUUUACACUCAGGGAUUCUGUAAGGUUAGCUCAAUAGCUCCCCCACGUGGUUACUCAUGGUUUUAAAGACUCAUAUCCGCAGUGGAACAGUACAGCUUUUUCUUUUGUGUUAUUUUUUAAAUAUUAUACUUUGUUAAUAAAUAAACCAAAACGAUAAGACUAUUUGUGUUUUGUGCUGUAAACUCCUGGUUGCAUUUUUUUCUCCUGAAGAUGUUGUGGUCCUGACCUCUGACCUGCACAGAUGAGAAGAACCUUUGAUAAAUUAGUAACUAAUAGUUUACUAGAAAAAUAAUAUGUGAUAAAAAUACACAGAAAUAGAUUUAUUAGCAAAAAGAUCAUGUCAUUUUGAAACACAUUUGUCAUGUUCACAGCUUUCCUUAUGUCCUCUGUAAAGUACAAACUAAUCAUAUAGUGGGCUGCAUUUCAGUCCCGUUCUGGUCUAGCACUGUUUCACACCCAUUCAGAUCCCCGCUAUUAUUUGUUAUCUGUUCAGAAUGAAGAUCUAAAUAUGGCCUUAAUGCCACAAAUUCUUCUCUUGGACUGUGAUGGGGACACAUACUGUAAAAAUGAAUUUAGGAUAAAAUAACAUUUACAAUUUAAAGAUUAAUUUUCUUUCUUUUAUUAUAAUAAAACUGAUGGACUUUAUCUAACAUUUUUGCUUUUGAUUUGCACAACAAAAUUAUUACCACUAGCAAGACCAUAGAAAAAGACGUGGAUUUUAGUUUUUAUUUUAUGAGAGAAAAAGCAACACAGAAGCAGAAUUUAUUUUAUUGCUUCAAUGUUUAUCUUUAGAUGAUAUAAGGAAUAAAGAAAUAAUAAUAAAAAAGAUAUCAAAGCUCACAAGAAGUGCAAACUGACCCCCCCCCCCCAAAUAAUAAUAAGCAGAUGCUUAGAGCAUACAUAUGACAUACUAUUAAGCCGAUAUUUCUUCAUGAUUGUCACAUCUUGAUAAAUAACUCAGCAAAAACUCUUUAUGAGCUUAGAAAUUUGUUUUUUAACCUCUAAUAAAAUGUUAAAAUUACUGCCUUUUUCAUGGGUGUUUGCUUAAACCUAAGCAUGUCUUGAAUUGCCAUGUUUCUGCCCCCCAUUGACCGUGCAGACAUUACUGAAUGAAAAAAAAACACUUGACGUGCUCCAGGAGGGAGGAUGUUCUGCUCAAGGACACAGUGGACAGUGGGCGCAAUUCAAGCUCCUGCCCUCUCUCUUCAUGUUCCUAUAGAAAAGAAAAAAAAAACUUCAUUAAACUCUGAAAAAUCUAUUCAGCUGCAGUUCACCAAAACAGUUUCUGUUAUAGUUUUGGAUUUAAAAAGACUUUAGCAAAAGGAAAGAAAAAGAAAAACAGUGUAUAAGAAUUGGUUUCAGUUUUUUUUUUUACACAAUUGUAAUUGAAAAAAAAUGUUAUGCAAAUGAUUUCAGGGCUAAUUUACCACACACUGUAUACCACACACCAUGUUUUAAAUAAACUUUAAUAAAAAAAAAAAAA